CCAGGGGAGGCUGCGCUCCCCGCCGCCCACUGCCGCUGCUUCCCCCCCCCUUCCCCGCGCAAUAAUUUUUAGCUGAAACAAUAGCGAAUAUCAGCAUUUAUUUGCAGAGGGGCCGCUGGCGGGGCGGGGCGGGCCGGCACAACACAACGGGGGCUUUGUUGGGUGGCACAGGGCUCCCUCUGUGCGCGGAGCGGCGGCGAGCGCCGUGCGGGAGAAAACCCGAGCCGAGGGCCGGGCGAAACGCGAGCGAGGUUUAAAGUUAGUGCCGACGCACCACGGGGAGUAGGUGAUUUGUGGGAGAAACGGCUCUGCGUGUAGGUGGCACGGCGAAAAGUCCCGGAUAGGUUUUGAGCUCACUGAACGUGGGUUUGGGUGGUGUCGGUAGGAGAAAUUAUUAACUCGGGGUGCAGGGACCGUCUGGAGGAGGGAAGAGGCCCCGCGCCGUGCCGGGCGCCAGGCUGGUUUCCGUGGUGAGAAACCCACCUCCGAGCCUUCGGGAGCUGUGGGGUUUCCUCCGGAACAUGCUGAACGUCUCGUUCCCUUGCUCUCAGGCACACGCCAUGGAUACGACCGGCCACAGCGUCCUCCUCCUCCAGCAGCUGAACAUGCAGCGGGAGUUUGGUUUUCUGUGUGACUGCACAGUUGCCAUUGGAGAUGUUUACUUCAAAGCCCACAGAGCGGUGCUCGCUGCUUUUUCAAACUAUUUUAAGAUGAUAUUUAUUCAUCAGACGAGCGAAUGCAUAAAGAUUCAGCCUACAGACAUCCAGCCUGACAUAUUUAGUUACUUGUUGCAUAUCAUGUACACGGGGAAGGGACCAAAGCAAACCGUCAGCCAGAGCCGACUGGAGGAGGGCAUCCGCUUUCUCCAUGCAGACCACCUCUCCCAUAUCGCGAUCGAGAUGAACCAAGCGUUCUCCCCAGAGCCAGUCCAGUCGUCAAACUUGUACGGGAUCCAGAUCUCGACUGCGCACAAACCCGUGAAGGAACGCCUGGGAGUGAAGGAGAGUCUGCCCAAAGUGGGCAGCAGGUCGUCUGCCCAGGGUGACCACCCGCAGCUGCAGCUCUCUCUGGCCAUUGGCCUGGACGACAGCUCCCUGGACCAGCAGGUCGCUCGCCCCUCUGCUCAGCCCCCUGCUCUCACCAAGCCGGCAGAAGAGCGUCCGAAGCUCUCGGUCUCCAUAAAGCAGGAGAGGUGCGACUCGGAGCCCCUGGUGUCCCAGAGCUGCACCCCUCCCUCUCCAGAGGUAGCCAGCUCCAUCUUUGCUAAGGCCAGCCUCAAGGUACACUUGUGUCACUACUGCGGGGAGCGGUUCGACUCCCGGGGGGGCCUGCGACAGCACUUGCACACCCACGUCUCGGGCUCGCUGCCGUUCGGCGUGCCAGCCUCCAUCCUGGAGAGCAGCGACCUGGGGGAGGUGCAGCCUCUGGCUGCGGACAGGGAGGCUGGGGAUGGCCACCGGCUCGGAGCCUUCCUCCUCAAGGAGGAUGAGCAUCCGCUGGAGCAUCCGGGCUGCAGCGACCUGGAGCCUCUACAGAUCAGCCAGCUCUCCCUCAUCUCCAAGGACCGCGAACCGGUGGAGUUGAACUGUAACUUUUCUUUCUCAAGAAAAAGAAAAAUCAGUUGCACCAUCUGCGGCCGCACGUUUUUCCGGAAGAGCCAGCUGCUCGAACACAUGUACACACACAGGGGGAAACAGCACAAAUAUGGCCGCAGCCAGCAACUGGAGAGCCCCGUGACCCCCAGGUUUCAUCCUUACUGUGACAGGGAGGGCAUGGGGAAGAGCUCCAGCUUAUCCCAAGACCACUUAGAUGAAUGUAUACUGGAGUCGGAUCUCAUCCAAGAAAGUGUUGAUACGAUCCUGGUAGAGUAGUUCUCCCCCUGUGUAGCCUUUAGAUGCUGAAACUCUGGAUAUUUUGGCAUUUUCCACUUAGUAAGUGGCUGCUCUCUGCAGCUGAUUUUCUUCAAGCACCAUUCCCGUCACCUCUGAGAUAACUGUGAAGAACUGCGUACUUCAAUUUGUGUACUUGCUUUUUUACUUCCCUUAACUUUUAAACUAAUUCCCAUCUAAGUCCUUUUUGGAAGCCUCCAUGUAACUCAGUUACAUUUUUCGUAAAUGCAAACUUACUCCUGCUCUGCUUUACUAGCGUUAAGACUGCAUUGCUGGGUGUGAAGUUUAAGCAUCGUCUAGUAUGCUGUGCAGUGCCUAGGACUGUUUGUAUCCUGUAGAAUCACUCUUCUGACCCUAGAUGGAGGGAAAUGUAGAGGGAAAUAUGUACUGUGUUUCCCAAACAGUUUGUUUUUAAUUAAAAUAAAUAUCUCAAGGAGAUGAAUCCUGAAGUUCGUGUUGUAUAACUGCAGUUAAUAAAUCUCUGCAUAAAUACA